UUCACGUUGGAGUAUAAUUUGAUCCUAUCCUGCUCCUGCAUUGAGACUUGCAAUUGCAAUGGAUAAGCCUUCAAUCUUCAGCUAAAAAGUUUCAGUUUUUCUAGGAACACAAAAGAAUAGUGUACAAUUAUCACAAUGGGCACUGCAACUGCAACCCUUACAUUGUGCCAAUGGCCUUCUUCUUCUUCUUUGGGUCUGCGUGCCAGGGUUUCAUGCAGUGCCUCUCAACCUCAGCCUCAGCUUUCAGCAUCCUCAGUUGACAAAACCCUUUGCCAGAUUAAGAAUUCUGGAAUCAUAGCUUGCCUCAGAGCCAACAGUGCAGAAGUUGCCUUGGAAGCUGCAAAUGCUGCCAUAGCAGGUGGAAUUUCAGUUUUGGAGAUUGUGAUGUCUACCCCAGGUGUGUUUGAGGUUAUACAGCAGCUUGUGAAGGAGCAUCCAACAAUGGCUCUGGGGGUUGGAACGGUUCUCAGGAUUGAGGAUGCAAAAACUGCAAUUAAUGCUGGAGCUAAAUUUCUAAUGAGCCCUGCAAUUGUCAAGGACAUUAUGGACUACAUGCAGAGUGGUGAAAUUUUAUAUAUUCCUGGCGCCAUGACUCCAACCGAAAUAUUGUCUGCAUGGGAUGCUGGUGCUAAAAUAGUCAAGGUUUAUCCAGUUUCUGCACUUGGAGGAUCUCAGUACAUAUCAGCACUGAAGAGGCCCUUUCCUCAUGUCUCUAUGGUUGCUUCUCAGGGAAUAACAAUAGAUUCUAUUGGGGAAUAUAUUUCGCGAGGAGCAUCAUCGGUUGUUUUGUCAGACGCGAUAUUCGAUAGAGAGGCAAUUGCACAAUGUAAUUUCAAUAAGAUAUAUGAACUUGCAAAUUCUGCUACCUUGCUGGGUAACCAGGCUUUGAAUAGAUAACAUUUUUUUACUUCUAUAAAUAUAUAUAUAUAAUGGCCA